CAAGCUCACACCAACAUACAGGAGUACCUACCCAAUGUGGUAACGGGAUCAGCAAGCAUACUAACUAAACUAGGCAUUAAUAACAGGCUUAAGCUAAGUAGUAUAGAGCUUACUGGUAUAAGUAGUAUGAGUGAUGCAGAGAAUAUAGUCAUAGAACAUACCAAAGUAGGACUUGUAAAGGGUAGAAAAAUUUCAGAUAAGUGCUAUCUAUGGACGUACUACUCCAGUAG